CAUACACUUUUGCACGGGCUGUUGCCAAACCAGCGUGCCACCAUGUCCGCGCGGGAGAAGAAGAAUGCCCCAGCUGCAGUUCCGGCGGCUCCAGCACGGGAGUACCUGCGCUUCGAGGUGGUGGACUUCCACUGCAAGGGUCUCUCCAAGACGGUGCCGGCCAGGCACCGGGACCACCCGGUGUACAUGUACGCGGGGGCGCUGGCGAACGGCGCCAACCAGGCGGUGAUGAUCGUCCCCAAGGAGAUUGCGGAGGGUGGCUGCCCCAACGCUCGGCUUGUGCCCGACUGGGCCACCGAGCAGCUGCUGCCCUGGGCCUGCCGCGACCAGGCGGUGGUACGCCGCGUCUUCUGCGACGUGGAGGGCCUGCGCUGCACCCCCCGCACCUUGUGCGGCCGGAUGCUGGCGGAGCUGCGGAACUUCGAGGGCCAGGGCCUGGAGCUCUUGGCCGGCGGGGAGUUAGAGUUCAUCAUGGCCAAGCCCAGCGCCGCCGCCAGCGCCGUCUCCGGCGCCGAGGAUGGCGCGGGCCGCUGGGAGCCGCUCUUCCGGGGCCUGGAGAUCUUCACCACGCUGCAGGGCUGCAAGGUCAUGGACUUUUGCUACGAGCUGGAGCGGAACAUGGAGGCGGUCGGGGUGGACGUGCUCACCAUGAACACCGAGUACGGAGAGGGCCAGGUGGAAGUCACCUUCGCCCCGAAGUUCGGCGUCGAGGCGGCGGACAUGAUCGCCACCUGCCGGAUGGGCACCAAGGAGAUGGCGCAGAACGCGGGCCUCCGCGCGGUCUUCCUCACGAAGCCCUUCGGCGGCAGCGCCAGCGGGGGGCACUUCAACUUCUCCAUCUGGGCCCCGGGCGGCGCGCGGAGCGGCGGCGCGGACGUGAUCUCCCGGGUGACCACGGGGAAGCUGAACUCCUUCCAUUCGGCGGAGGAUGAGUUGGGGCUCUCCCCCACAGCCAGGUCCUUCCUGGCCGGGGUCCUGGCGCACGCGCCGGCCAUGGAGGCGGUUUGCGCGCCGACGCCCGCCUGCUACACGCGGCACGGGAUGUGGGCGCCUGCGCUGGCCAACUGGGGCAUGGACGACCGCCUCGCCUGCGUCCGGGUGAAGGCGGACAAGAAAGGGCCCCCCGGCAGCUGCUACAUGGAGUUCCGGAUGCCCUCCUCGGCGGCGAAUCCCUACCUGGUGAUCGCCGUGCUGGUGGCCAGCGGCCUCGACGGCCUGCAGCGAGAGCUGCCGCUGCCCCCGGCGCGGCAGACGGAGGCGCAGGGCGCCGCCCGGCUGCCGGGGACCUUGGAGGAGGCGCUGAAGGCCUUCGAAAACGACGAGUUGCUGACGGCCAAGCUGGGGGCGCGCUUCGUGCGGUGGUUCUUGGACCAGAAGCGCGGGGAGCUGAAGUUCCUGGAGGAGCGGCUCGCGGGCAGCGCGCGGAGCGCGGAGGAGGUGACGGCGGCGUGGCAGGAGUUGUACAUGGAGUUCCUCUGAGCCUGGGGCGAACCGCUUGGAUCUCCAGGCCCUUUGUCAGCUUUCUUUUGGGGUGCGCCUCUGUUCCCCGCAUUCUGUUCGAUUUCGUAGGUGAGAAUCCGCCAGGAACUGGGAGGUCCGGAAAAAAAGGAUGUUUCCUCGCCUUUUGCAAGCUGUCCCCGACUUGCUGGGACCAGCAUCGGGACGGCAGCUGCGAGGCUUUUGGAUAUUCAGCUCAAGAAGUGUUGGUCGUA